AUGGCAGCACCUAGUAGCGAGAGCACUCCACUCAUCAGGAGUGAGCAGAGAAUGGGGGUUUAUCAAGACUUCAACCGAAAAGUCAAAAGCACACUGCUGCUUUUGCCCGCGAGAGGACAGGGCAUAUGGCUUGUAGGAGGGUGUUUGCAGCUUGACCUCAUAUCCAUUGCAGAAGUGUGGGGUAAGAAUGGAUGGGUGUGGUUGGAUUGGCCUCAGUCACCGGUGCAAGCACUUGACGAAGGGCUCUAUACCCAUGCCUUGAAUAAAUGUCAUACUUCCCAUGUGCACACUACAACCGGCACCACCACCAAGCACUCAGACUUCCUGCCGGCAACGCAUCAAGCUUGGGAAAAUGAUAACUCUCAAUGCAAUCCGUUUGAGAGCCAUUUUGCUCGCUGCCGUACGUCUACAGCUCGCGAACUUCAGGCUGGGAUCAACAUGUCUCUGCACACUGACAUCUCUCCAAGCAGGCUAAUCACCAGUGGUACUGAUCUACAGGACCAACAAAAACUCGACAGGCAGUGCUUCAAGGUGGACAUCGCCAACAUGUCUCUUCAGAAGCACCCGCCACCACAUCGCUACCAACACCUUCACAUUCGGCACACACUGAUGGAUGCCACCAGCAAGCACCAUCCAGCACCUACGCGACAUGCUGACUCGCCAGCAUCAAGCAUACAUGCUCAGACCACACCAGCAUUUGCUGGCGUGGCUCGAACACACACAGAAGACACCAGGAUGAAGAGAGAAGGAAAAGAGGAGGAACAAGAGGAGGAAGGAAGGAUCUUGUCAUGUGCACCAGCAAAUUUGCCCGUGCCUCCACUCCUUCCUGUGCCAACCACAUAUGUUCGAGUCACGUCAGCGAAUGCUGAUGUGUGCUGGACAUAUGUGCUAAGCACUGGCAGUGAUACCUAUGGUACCCAUGGGUAA